AUGACUACCUCAAAACAGAUUUUAGUCCUCUAUAAGCAAUUAUUAGAAAAAGCUUACAAGUUCGACAACUAUAAUUUUAGAGAAUUUGCUAAAAGGAAGGUCACAGAUUCCUUCAAGGCUAACAAGGGACUCAGCGAUUCCGAAGCGAUUACUAACUUUUAUAAUCAAGGAAUACUUGACUUAGCUAUGUUAACUAGGCAGACCACUAUUUCUCAAAUGUAUACAUUUGAGAAGCUUGUUGUUGAGCCAUUAAAGAGACAACGUUAG